GCAUAAUUUAAUUUAUUGAAAAUAAUUUAUAUACUUGAUGACGAUUAAUGAUAAAUCAGUGUUGCGAUAUUUUAAAUACAAUAUGAAAAUAUUUCGAACAAAAUUUGGAUGUUCCUUGGAAUGCGAAACCGUUCGAAAAUAUUUUUGCUUAAGUGAAAUUGUUAAGACCAACAAUGGAAUUCUCUUUUUCAAUAAAAAUAUCAUGUUGUUAUAACAGUUGUAUUAUUCAUGCAUUUCUAAAGCGAUUCAUUUUUGAAUAUUUUGAAUUGUUAUUUUACAUUCGCUCUUAGGUUGGCUCUCCUGUUUGAUGCGCAUAACGAUUGGUAACAAAGAGCCGCAGAUUAAAUUUCAAAUAACGUAAAUAUAUUCUCGAAAUCUGUCGGUGUCAAUUAUUGUUCUUAUUUUUUUAAGUUUGUGAAAUUAAAACCUAAACUUUUAGAAACAUGGUAAGAACCAAAGCAGAUCGUGUACCUACAAAAGCUGUUGGCAGUAAAGCACCAGCAAAAUCUGUAAAAAGCACACCUACUAAAAAAGUAGCAGGAAGUAGCAAGGGAAAAAGUCAUUCAGGUGGAAAUCCAUAUCACCCAAGAGCCACGCCAGAAUGGCAAAAGCCUAUUACAUGUUUUAUUAAUCAAAAUGCUACAAACAAAGUUGAGGAAAAUGAAGACGAAGGCACCAGUAAAGAAGCAAAUAACGAGUCAGAUUAAAAGUAUUCAUUCAGAUACUAUUGUAAUAUUGUCCAGUACAAAAAUUAUUUAUUUUUUUUACGAGUAACAUAGGAAUAAGUACUUUAUAUUACAUUUUUAAUGAACAAAUGGAUUUUAUUUUAACUGUGUUAAUAGAAGUAAGAAAUGAAUCAACAAAAGAUUUUUAGUUAAUACAAUUUGGUACAUAGUUGCCAUGUAUGUUAGAAGUGAAAUUUCUGUGGAUAAAACUUUAAAGAUUUAGAAGCUUACAUUUAAAAAAUUUUUGAAUCUAAAUCAUAGAAGUUCCACUUCAAAAAUGAAGUUAAACUUUAAGUUAAGUUUGUAAGAUACAACUAUUUUUAUAAAUAUGACAUAUGAAAUAUACUCAGUGCCAUAAACAUAAUUUCUGAGAUUAUAAGAGUAUGAAAAAUGCAAUAAAUAGAACGGUAAUAAGUAAAAAUAAUAUAGUAAAAUUUAAUGUUUUUUAACAAAAUAGGUCUCUA